AUGGAGGACAUGUCUCGACCUCAAUGUGGCGGCGCGAAAGGGAACGAUGCGGAGUAUGAUCUCCCAUUGCACGUCGCCGCACUGUACGUCGCCGAUGAGCAUCUGAGCUCACGCACUCUCUUUCUUCCAGGCGCCGGUUUCCCAGUCGUGGCCAAAAAGAUUCCGCGUCUACAGAUCCCGCCGAAUGCUUUCUUUUUCUGUAAGCAUUUCGGCACAGGUGUCUUGAUCGCAACGGCUUUUGUACAUCUCCUCCCAACUGCAUUCACUUCCUUGAAUGAUCCAUGCCUACCGCCUCUCUUUACCGAGCAAUACCCCGCGAUGCCGGGCGUAAUCAUGCUCGGGUCGCUCUUUGCGCUUUUCGCUUUAGAGAUGUAUUUAAACGCGAAAACCGGGGGCCACAGCCAUGGCGGAGCCACAGGGGAGAGUAUCAACCGUCCGCACCAGCACCAUCACAAUGCACAGACCAGGAACAAUGAAAUUUCGUGGCCAACAGAGAACAAGGUUAUGAGCGAUGCAUCAUCCGAUGACUGGUACGAGGAGAAAGCGGCCUAUAAGUUCGUUCCCAGUCGACUACUAGGCCUGGCAAGAAAAUGCGGGGUCUACUCCGGUGCAAACCGCUUUGAAGACUCGUACUUGUCCGAACCGUCUUCGAUGCCAACGUGGUUUAUGGUCUUCUAUGAACAAUACGUGCGAGAGCGCGAGUGGACACAAGCGAUGCUCCGGACAGCAGCGCGCCGCGAUGAUGACAUGCAAACCAUAGAGCUCAAACAGACCGCCCCUGUGCAAUCUGAUAUCCCUCGGGACCUGGAAGUAGGGGAAGUCGACCCGGCGGUGCUGAGGAAAAUGUCUCUCAACAUCACGAUCCUCGAAGGCGGUAUCCUGUUCCACUCCGUGUUUGUCGGGAUGACCGUAUCCAUUGAAACGGAAGGAUUUAUGGUGUUGCUCAUCGCCAUCUUGUUCCAUCAGGCGUUUGAGGGGCUGGGUCUGGGGUCUCGCAUUGCGGCAGUACCUUAUCCAAAGGGAUCAAUGCGUCCAUGGCUUUUGGUUCUGGCAUUCGGCACGACGGCUCCGAUUGGCCAGGCGAUUGGGUUGAUUGCUCGCAACACUUAUGAUGCCGAGAGCGCGUUCGGUUUGAUUAUGGUUGGAACAUUCAAUGCGAUCUCUUCUGGUCUCCUUAUCUACGCCGCCCUCGUGGACCUUCUAGCGGAAGAUUUCCUCUCUGAGGAGGCCCAGCAUCUGACCAAGAAGCAGAAGAUCUCCGGUUUCAUCUAUGUCUUGAUGGGAGCGGCCGGAAUGUCCAUUGUCGGCGCAUUUGCCUAA